AUGGCAUGCGUUAACAUGUACAACCCGGACGGCGGCGCGGUGGCGUUCGGCGGCGGGCAGCCGGGCCCGCGCAUCUCCUUCUCCAGCGACUUCUCCAUGGAGCCGCCGCCGCCGGUGCAGAACCGGGCCAUGGGCCUGCGGUGCCAGGAGGAGGACCAGAACUUCGAGUUCUCCGUGGGCAGCCACCCCAUGAUGGCCGCCGACCAGCUCUUCUCCAAGGGCCGGAUCCUCCCCUUCAAGGUCGAGGGCGGCCGCCCGCCCUCCACGCUCCGCGACGAGCUCCGUGGUGGCGCCGCCGACGAGGAGAGGGCGUCCACGACGCCCAAGGGGUCCAGCCGGUGGAGGGAGAUGCUCGGCCUCCGGAAGUCGCUCUGCGUCGGCGGCGGCGUCGCCAGUAAUGCCGCGGCCGCCAAGAAGAGCGACAAGGUCGUCGCCGUCGACGCCGACGCCAAGAUAGCCACCGACAUGGCCGCGCCCAAGCAGGGAGCUAUGAGAGGUGACCGGCCGAUGGGGACGACGGCGACAUGA